AUGGCAAAGAAAAAGAGAGCUGUUACUGGUAGAAGGCAACGUGAAAGAGAGAGAGCUAGAAAGAGGCAGCAGAGACAGAAACCUGCAACUCUAGAUGUGUCACCAGACAAGACAGUGACAGAGUGCUCUGUUCCUUGCGGGACGGAGGAUGGAGCUAUGUCAGCUCCUCCCGGUAAUUUUCCGGGACUUGGUUCGAUGGGGUUUCCACCUAAAGAGGAAAAACCCCUGGCCAGAGUGCAGGCCUCGCCUCGAGUGAGAAUGCAUUCACUUGCCUCGAGGUUGCCAUCUCCUCGGGGAAGUCGUCUGUUUGUCCGUAACGAGGACAAGGCACCGUCCCCUGACUCCCCAGCGUGGGUUUGUGCUCCACCGAGGGCACCUGGAUCGGGCAUAGUGCAUAUGUCUGGUCCAGCAGGUCAGGCGCAGCUGGAUACCUCCAGGGAGGAGGAGACCAGUAGGAUAUCAAAAGGUGAGGGCACUUUGAAGGAUACUAAAAAGGAAACUGAACGAAUAUCAAAAGGAAAUUUGAAUGAAUGUUAUAUAGAAUCUGAAAUGACAACAAAUGGAAAUGAGAAUGAGAACAAUGAAAAACAUACUAUUUCAGAGAAUGUUUGUGAUGAGGAAAAGAAUAAAACAAAUGAAGAUCAGUAUUGGCAGAAUUUACCUAAGGAAGGUAACUAUGAAAUAUCCUUUUCAGUUCAAGGCUCUUUUCACCAAGCUCAUCCUAUGUUUGAAGAGAAUGCUGGGACACAGUGUGUUGCUAAUUGUUUAGCAGGAUUGGCUUAUCACAAACUUAGGAAUGCAAAGAGUUGGACAACAAUGGAUAUGGACAGAAUUUUAAUGACAGGUGAUGAAUUGUACACAUAUUUGCAAAGAAGCUCAUCAAUCAGUGAUAGGUAUUUGCUUGUAGAGGAAUUACCACAAUUCUUUGAAUGCUUUAAUCGAUCUUAUCAGUUUCUUGCAAAUCAGACAUAUGCAAGUGUUAUUAUGGCAAAUGAUGGAAUAAACUAUGCAGAGUUUAAUGCACUACCACUAGAUGAAGCACUUCAGGUUGCCCUUUCAGACACUGAUGGCUGUUUUGUAUGCUUUGGUGGAAAUACUAUGCUUAUAGGAGUAACAGAAAGUGGUUUCUUUGCUUUUGACUUUCAUUCCAGAAGUUCGGUUGGAAUGUUAAGUGUGACUGGAAGGAGCACAAGAAUUUUAUUUCAGCAUGUAAAUGAAGUGUAUUCACAUCUUCAAGGUCUUGCUUUUUCAAUGGGAUAUACAAAAGGCGUUGAAUGUAACUUGACUGGUGUCUACUGCAAGAUGGGUGAUAUCGCAAAUGUCAGCGAUUUGUUUGAGGUGGAAGAAAAUAUUGAUGAAAAAUCUCAAGAGUCAGAGUUUUCUGGGGGUACCACAUAUGAAACAGGUGAUAAAGAUGAUGACUUGAUUUUUAUUAGUCAUGAGCAGUUCCAGUUUAGCUUUAUUCCCUUGAGUACAAACUUGAGGAAACACCUUUGUCAAAAUUUGAACAUUCCAUUCAUUUCCAUUGGAAAUUUUGGUGAUAUCCAGUGUUCUAGAACUAAUAUUUCAGAACCAUUGUUUGAAAAGGAAAUAAUAGGAGAUGGAAACUGCUUCUUCAGAGCUAUUUCAUUCAGUCUUACGAAUUCGGAGGAUUUCCAUCAUGUAAUACGCAAUGCUGUCUGCGAGCAUAUAAUAGGAAACAAAGAGUUAUUUAAACCAUUCCUAAAAGAUGGUGUACAGUCUGUAGAAAGUCACCUGUCUUCUACACGAAUGUCACAGGAAGGUAGUUGGGCUACUGAAGUUGAAAUAUUUGCAACAGCUCAUCUUCUAAAUAUUGAUAUAUACACUUACUCCGGAGAAUGUUGGUUAAGGUUUUUAGUUGCUGAAGUAGAACCUUGUGUGCAAAGCAAAACUGGAGCAAUUUAUCUGAAUCACCACCAACAGAACCAUUACAAUGUUGUACUGUCUGUUAAUGAAGAGGAAUUCGACUUAGCCCGUAAGCAACAGUUUAAAACUUCUCAAGAGUAUGAAAAGCGAUACCAUAACCGAACACGUAUGCAAGUGAAAAGGCAAUCUAGAGCAGAGAAAUCAGAAAAAUUAAGUGCUGUCAAGAAACAGAAUGAGUGUUUAAGACAGAGAUAUAGGGAAGAUAAAGAAUUUAGAGAUGAGAAACUGAAAACACUUUUUUUAAAGUAUGCAACAGAUGAUGAUUACAGAGAAAAUGUCAAGAAGAGAGGUAUUGAUAGAUAUGCAAUAAAUGAGGAGUAUAGGGAAGGUGUCAAAAGGAGAAGUAUUGACAAGUAUGCAACAGAUUUUGAUCACGGGGAAGAUGUCAGAAAGAGAAGUAUUAACAAGUAUGCAACAAAAGUUGAUCACAGGGAAGAUGUCAGAAAGAGAAGUAUUGACAAGUACGCAACAAAUGAUGAACACAGGGAAGAUGUCAGAAAGAGAAGUACUGACAAGUAUGCAACAGAUGAUGAUCACAGGGAAGAUGUCAGAAAGAGAAGUAUUGACAAGUAUGCAACAAAUGAUGAACACAGGGAAGAUGUCAGAAAGAGAAGUACUGACAAGUAUGCAACAGAUGAUGAUCACAGGGAAGAUGUCAGAAAGAGAAGUAUUGACAAGUACGCAACAAAUGAUGAUCACAGGGAAGAUGUCAGAAAGAGAAGUAUUGACAAGUAUGCAACAGAUGAUGAACAUAGGAAAAAUGUGAAGAAGAGAAGCGUUGAUAGAUAUGCAAUAGACACAGAGCAUAGGGAAAGUGUCAAAAGGAGAAGUAAACAAAAGUAUGAAAUGGAUGAUGAACAUAGGGAAGAGGUAAAGGCCAAAAGCAAACUGAGGUACAAGACAGAUGAAAUGCACAGAAUUCUAGUCAAUACUGCGAGUACUAAGAGAUACAGGGAAAAUGAAAAUUUCCGAGAAGCAAAGCUUCAAACUGCAGCUAAAAAGUACAAAAGUGAUGAAUCUUUCAGGUCGAAAAUUAAAGAUUCCAGUAGACAUCAAUACGAUUCCAGUGCAAAAAUAAAAAUGCAAAAAAAGGAGAUGGUAAAGAGUCAGAGAAAUGCUCAACGAGCUAGAUUGGAAAAUCAGGAAGAGGUAGUGAAAGAAUUUAAAGAAAAGGUUGUGCAAGGCAUUGAUUAUUCAUGCUGUUGCUGUGAUCGGCUCCUGUUUCAGAAUCAAGUUCAAAGAUGUGAACGAGAAACAUAUGCCAAGACUGAGCAGACAGCAAACAUUGCAGACCUGUGUAUUCAGGAUAAGUACUGUCACCAAUGCACAGAGUCAUGUCCAACGGACUGCAUUAAGUCAAAGUUAUGGAUUUGUUUUACUUGUCACCGGAAGAUCUUGAGCGGCAAUCUUCCAGCAGAAGCAGCAGCCAACAAAAUGGCCUUGGAAGAUAUUCCAAAGGAAUUGAAAAAAUUGAACAGCCUUGAGAAACACUUAAUUGCAAUACACAUACCUUUCAUGAAAGUCAUGAGUCUCCCUCAUGGUGGCCAGAAAAAUAUCCACGGGCCAGUUGUAUGUGUACCAUCAGAUUUGAAGAAAGUUACAAGUUUACCAAUGAAACCGGGAGAAGAUCUUCUACUUAGAGUUAAACUAAAGAGAAAGUUAAAUUAUAAAGGGUACAGUGAGUAUCAGUUUGUUGAUCCAAAGCAUAUAUGUGAGGCAUUGAAGUUCUUAAAACUGAACAAUCAAUGGUAUGAAGAUGUAGCUGUAGAUACAAGCUGGAAAGGACAAAUUGAAGAUGGUGAAGAAAUAUCAGAGCUUGGUGAUUUACCAUCAGAGUGUGAUGAUCAGCAGCACAUUGUGGCAGAUACUUGUUUACAACCUGUUGAUAUUGGUCAGGAGGUACUUGAUCAUUACUUUGAUGAUAUCUAUGACAUUGCUCCAGGAGAAGGCAAUAAUCCAGUAAGGAUGUUACAGGAAGAGGGAAAUGAGGCAAAAACAUUUCCAUACCUUUUCCCUAGUGGGCGUUUUUCAUGGAAUGACAAUAGAGAAACACGAAUAACACUGUCAAGAUACUUCAACAAUCGUCUUAUGAAUACAGACAUGAGAUUUGCAAAAGACAGCAAUUAUAUUUUCUUCAGUCAGUACAUGUCUGAUUUAAACCAAGUUAUAGAGAAGACACAGAUAUCAAUUAGGAAAUCAGUCAGAAGAUUAGGAAAUAACCAAACAGUGACAGCAAAUAUGGUACAGAACCCUGAAGUACUUUCCAAUUUGAUGAAAAGUGACGAGGCUUUGCGAUUCAUGCAGCCUAUACGUGGAACACCGGCAUACUGGUCAGCUGCACAGAAGGAUCUGUUUGCUAUGCUUCGACAGUUAGGAAUACCUACCUGGUUUUGCUCCUUCUCUGCUGCAGAACAUAGAUGGAAUGAUGCUGUCGCUACAAUAUUGAAACAACAAAAUGAUAACAGAGAGGCAUCUAUGUUAGACUGGUCUGAAAAAAAUGAGGUGCUGAGAAGUAACCCUGUCACUGUUGCUAGAAUGUUUGAGCACAGAUUCCAUGUUUUUCAGACAGAAGUGAUAUUUUCACCAUCAGAACCAAUUGGAAAGGUGUCCGAUUUUUUCCAAAGAGUUGAAUUUCAACAAAGGGGGUCACCUCACAUGCAUUGUUUAUAUUGGAUAGAAAAUGCACCAAAACUUGAGGAAGACGGAGAGGAAUCCGUAUGUAAUUUCAUAAACAAAUAUGUUAGUUGUGCAGUGCCCUCUGAGAAGGAAGAUUUGGAGCUAAGGAAUAUUGUCUUAGCAGUACAACAGCACAGCAAAAAUCAUUCAAAGUCAUGUAGAAAGAAGGGAACGGAAUGUAGGUUUAAUUUUCCUAGACCACCUUCUCUAUGUACAUUCAUCAGUUCUCCACUUGAGGAAGAGAGCGAUGCAGAGGCCACUGAUUUGAAAAACCAACAGUCAAUUGCUAAAGAAAUUCUAUUACAAGUAUGGAAUGAAGUGCAAGAUGAAGCAAAUGAAUCGGAAACGACCAACGAUAUUUUCAAUCAUCUAGGAUUGACACAAGCGCAGUACGAGGAAGCCCACAAAAGACUAGCAAAAAAAAGAACUGUUGUUCUUGAAAGAAAUCCAUGUGAACUCUGGAUCAAUCAGUACAAUCCAUGCCUUUUAAAAUGUUGGGAUGCCAAUAUGGACAUUCAGUUUGUUUUGGAUCCAUUUAGUUGCAUUGUCUAUAUCAUUUCAUACAUUUCAAAGUCUGAGAGAGAAAUGGGAAUGCUAUUGAAACAAACAAAAAUAGAAGCAGAAGAAGGCAACGAAUGUGCACGAACAACUUUAAAGAAAAUUGGUUCUGCUUAUUUGAAUCAUAGAGAAGUGAGCACACAGGAAGCUGUUUAUCGCGUAUGUAAUCUGAAAAUGAAAGAAUGUUCGAGAAAGGUAGUGUUUGUACCAGUGGGUGAAAAUCCUACUCGACUAACUAAGCCAUUGUCUCAACUAAAAAGAAAUCACAGGAAGGGGAAUGAUGAAAAUGUUGAGAAUGACGAUGAAGAAGAUGACAUUUGGAUGACAAAUGUAGUAGAAAGGUAUGAAAAUCGACCAAGUGACCCACUGUUUCAGAAUAUGUGUUUGGCAGAAUUUUGUUCUGAAUUCAGAAUACUUGCUAAAUCACAGGUUCCAAAGACUCGAAAUGAAAAUGUGUUUGAAUUGAAGAAUUCAAAGGGUUUUGUCCAAAGAAGAACUCGUACAAAGCCAGCUGUAAUAAGAUAUCCUAGAUUCAAUGCAGAGAAAAUGUCAGAGAAGUAUUAUCAAUGUCUGCUACAGCUCUUCUUACCUUACUCGACACAUAGUCAGUUGAAACCUUCUGGGUUUGAGCUUUAUGAAACAUUUUAUGAAAAUGGAUAUGUACGAAUAACAGAAAAGCAGAAAGUGCAGCCUGUGAAAUCAAUUGUUGACAAAAACAGAACACGUUAUGCUCAAAAUGAAGAUAUUAUUGCAGAGGCACAGGAAACUUAUGAAAAUCUGGGAGAACCAGAAGAUGCUUGGGCAAACCUUUGUCCAGAGACAGAGUUAAUGAGACAAGAAUGUUCUGCCGAGAGAAAUGAAGAUCUUGAUUUGAAUGAAACGGAAGAUCUGCCCGACAUGCAAACAGAAAGCAGUUCAGAUGUUCUUUACAAAGUUCAACAGAAUACACAAUCAAGGGAGGAGACAAUGCAGAUCCUGCAAAGUUUAAAUGAAACACAAAUGAAGGUGUUUUACAUAGUACGGGAAUGGUGUUUGCAAAAAAACUUUGGAGAAAAAACUGAUGCUCUGCAUAUUUUUAUAACAGGUGGAGCAGGAACAGGCAAGAGUCAUCUUAUCAAAGCCAUACAUUACGAAGCAUCACGAAUACUAGGGAAAAAAGUGACGUCUCCUGACAGUGUUUCGAUACUACUUGCAGCUUUCACUGGAACAGCCGCAUUCAACAUUGGAGGAAACACGAUCCAUCAUUUAUUUUCAUUGCCAAAAUAUAUGUCUCUGCCAUAUGAACCGUUGAAAGAACAGAGUCUUAGUGAAAUGAGAGUUCAGCUUGGAGAUCUGCAAAUUUUGGUUAUUGAUGAGAUUUCAAUGGUGUAUAAAAGAUUAUUAUACUAUGUUCAUGAGAGACUUGUACAGAUUAAAAAAUGCAAGGAGCCAUUUGGAGGAGUAUCAGUGAUUGCAGUUGGAGAUUUCUACCAACUUCCUCCUGUAAAACAGCGUAAAGAUGAAAGACUGUACAAAGACAAUGUUCUUUAUCCUAUUGAUUAUUGGAUUGAUUUGUUCAAAGUAGUGGACUUGACUGAGAUUAUGAGACAACGUGAAGACAUUCCAUUUGCAACAGCACUGAAUUCACUUCGAACAAGACUAGUAAAACAACCACUGGAAGAGGAAAUUAGUUCCAUCUUGAAUGACUGUGUAAGGGAGGGACCAGAGAAUGUUCUCCAUGUCUAUGCAACAAAUGACGAAGUCAAUGCCUAUAAUUUGACAAUGCUUAGGAGGACUUGUUCAGACCUUGUUGAGAUUGAUGCUCAAGACUUUACGAAAGAUCGAACAACAGGCAAACUAAUCUUAAGAGGCAAACCAAUUACAAGGUCCAAAACAGACAAUCUUUCUAGCAGUUUGUUAAUGGGGGUCAGUGCAAGAGUCAUGCUCACCAGAAACUGCAAUGUGGAUGACGGUCUUGUAAAUGGAGUAAUGGGACACAUUUCUCAUUUUGUGUAUGGUCAGAAGCAUGCUGCAAACACUGUUAUUGCAGUAGGAGUAAUAUUUGACAAUGUCAAUGUUGGGAAAAAGUCAGGGGAAAAAACAAAACAUGGAAACAUUGUUCUAAUCGAAAGAGUUCAAGAGGAAAUACUAGAACAGAAAACAAAAAAUAUAGUACGACAUCAGUUUCCAUUACGCUUGUCAUGGGCAUGUACUUCUCACAAAGUACAAGGAAUGACAGUGGACAAGGUUGUAGUCAAUUUAGAUAGGACAUUUUCUCCUGGACAAGGAUAUGUAGCGUUGAGUAGAGUGACAUCAAAAGAGGGAUUAUUUAUUGAAACGAACGAUGUGGAAUCGUUACAGAAGAAGAUAUACGCUGACCCAGAAGUCAAAGCAGCCUUGCAAGAGAUGCCAAAAUUAGCACUUCCAAACUUUGAUAAGUUUGAACAAGGCAUAUCAAUUUUCCUUCACAAUAUUCAAAGUCUCAACAAACAUUUUGAAGAUUUGCAAAAAGAUAUUCGAUACAGGAAUGCGGAUAUCAUCUGCCUAACAGAGACGUGGUUGAGAUCUGAACAAAAUGUUAGUACGUUUAAAAUAAAGGGAUUUAAUUUUCACCAAGUAGCUAGAAGAGAUGCAUAUGAUGACAGCAAUGCUCAAGUUUUACAAUUGCGUGCAUCAAAGGGUGGAGGUGUGGCCGUCUACAUUAACGAAACCGGACAGGAAAAUGUUGUAUGUUCACUUCCUGUAAAGAAUGUGGAGGCCAUUUGCGUUAAGUGUCUUUUAAAAGAUAUGGUAGUUUUGACUGUCUAUCGCCCAAAUUCUUUGGAUGUUACUCAGUUCUUAAUGCAAUUUGAAAAAGUGGUUGCACAUUACAGGUCACAGUAUAAGUUUCUUGUUUGUCUUGGAGACUUUAACGAAGAUGCGAGAUCUUCAGGGUCUAUUCAGACCUUUAUGCUUAAUCAAGGUUUUAAGCAAAUGGUUGAUUUCAAUACGACAGAAGGGGGAACUAUCCUUGACCAUGUAUACUUGUCAACAUCUUUACAGGCAAAAGUGGAAAAAAUACCAACAUACUACAGUUACCAUGAUGCAUUAAUGGUAACAAUCAUAACAGACAUAGAGAAAUGCAUCUAA